AUGCCACCGACGAACCCGAAUGAUCAAAAUGGAUCUGCAGGCCCAGAACCUGGCAGCCACCUGAAAGGAAACUGCCGCAAAGAUGAAGACGAAAAAGAAGGUGAAGAUGAAGGCAAAGAUAAAGAUGAAAUUGAACAUGAAUAUGAAUAUGAAGAUGUAGAUGUAGAUGGCGAAGAAGAUGAAGAGGAAGAUGGUGAAGAAGAAGAAGAAGUAGAAAUAGAUGGCGAUAGAGAUGAAAACGAAGAUGCAGUUAAAAAUAAAUACGAAGAGGAAAAUGAAGACGAAGAAUGA